AUGACGACACAUGUGGAAGGGAAUGGAAUUUCUGUAGUCCACUCAGCAGAUGCAUCUUUCCCGGCGAAGCAUAGUUUGAAUAAGAUGGAGAAGAGAAGUGGGAAACACUACAGUAACCAGCACAGGAUUUUGCUAGUGGGCGAAGGGGACUUUUCGUUCUCCGCCAGUUUAGCGGCGGCUUUUGGGUAUGCUUCUAACAUGAUUGCCACUUCCCUUGACUCUGAAAGGGGUUUAUGGAAUGGUUAUGACAGAGCUGUUUACAACAUUGAAGAAUUGAUGAGAAAGGGAUGCAAGGUGAUUCACGGUGUUAAUGUUGCUUCCAUGGAUUCUCAUCCGUGUUUGAAACACUUGAGAUUUGAUCGUAUAAUUUUAAAUUUUCCAUUUGCUGUCAUUCCACACCGCGUCCUGGUAAAGGCAUUCCUGAGAGCUGCCAAGGAGAUGAUUAGUGAAAAUGGUGAAAUCUAUAUCACUCAAAGACCAGAUGUCAUUCUUGGUGAAAUGAAAAUAGAAUGUAUUGUGUUUCAACAGUGGCUUGAACUUGUUAGAGUUGUCGAUUUCAAUGUUUUUGAGUAUUGGGGUUAUAGCCCUAAAUGGGAUAUAGUUUCUCUUGCAUUCAGCAGGGGCUUCAGCUUGUAG